AACCAUCUCUGGCGAUUGACUUCCAAAGUAACUUGCAUUCCUGUUGUCUACAUUCAAGGCGCCAACACAAAUAAAUACGUUGUACUUUGUAGCAGUUACAUUAUUGUUGAUUGGGACUUGCACGCAGCAAACAAUAAAUAUGGCCUUAGUGGAAGACAAUGCUGACUUCGAUGCUGCGAAUGGAAUUAUUGAUAGUGAAACACCUCCACACACAGAUCUAGCCGCCCAAUACAAGCGGAGCUUCGCCUAUUACACGUUCCGCGUGCGUCUUCCAUCAACGCUGGCUACGAUUGCCAAUUCCCUGGCAAACAAGGAUGAGCUGCUGCCCACAUAUGGAGUCGAUGCAGCUUCAGAUAUUGAUCAAACAGCUGCAGCUGUGCUUGAGCUACGUUCGAAUAUUCUGAAAAAUGGGCCGUUGGAGCCAUUUAAUGAUACAGAGGCCGAUGUUGCCACAUGGAAUGCAUUUCUGGAGAAGUUGGACAAGGAUAAGCGCACUUACUUCAGCGCCUGUUGGCUCUAUGCAGAGUGCUAUAUGUAUCGCAAAUUGUGGUCUAUAUUCAGCUUAUCGCGCCUCGCCGGCUUCGAUUACUUUCGCAAACAGAAGCAAACGGCAGCACAGCUCAGCCUGGAUGCGAUGGUGGCCGUUGCGAAUGCCACGCGACGCAGUGAACGCAAUUUGAGCACGUUUCAGCAGUUGGUGAAGCUGAACCUGUGGGGCAAUCGCUGUGAUCUGUCGAUUACGUCUGGCAAACAGGUGAAGCCAACGGGAGAUGCUUUCGAUCAAGUUGCCGAGCUGGAUAGCAAUUUGCUGGUGGAUGGCACCCAGGCCAUUUGGCAAUCUCUGGACAGCGCCGACGGCAAUGGCACUGUGGAGAUUGUCUUCGAUAAUGCCGGCUAUGAGCUCUACACAGAUCUCAUACUGGCCGAGUAUAUCAUCGACAAGGGAUUGGCGCAAAAGGUGCGCUUCAAUGCCAAGGCCAUUCCCUGGUUCAUAUCGGAUGUGCGGGCCGAAGACUUCCACUGGAUUCUGCAGUUCCUCAGCGGCCAGGCGUCGCCUGUGCUCAGCGAACUGGGCAAGAAGCUGAAACGUUUCGUCGACGAGGGCAAAUUCGAGCUGGCACCGCUGGAGCACUUUUGGACCAGUCCCUAUGAGUUCUAUCGCAUGGCCGAAGUGCAGCCGGCGCUGCACGAACGACUCUCGAAGGCGCAACUGAUCAUAUUCAAGGGCGAUCUCAACUAUCGCAAGCUGCUGGGCGACUACAGCUGGCACGACACCGAAUCCUUCGUUACCUGUUUGCGCGGCUUCAAACCCUCAAACCUUUGCACACUGCGCACCAUCAAAGCGGACUUGGUUUGUGGACUACCCGCUGGCAUAUCCGAGCAAUUGUUUGCCAAGAACAAGGAAUGGAUGCUCACGGGCGAAUAUGGACUCAUUCAGUUUGCCAGCAAGUGAACAGGACUCAGUUAUCCAUGGCAAUAGCUCAAAUGUUGCGUUAGGCAUAGGCGUAGCUAAAUUAUUCAAUUCGUGUUUUGAAUGUUUAU